AUGACCACCCUUCCCAGCCAGGCCCAGCUUGGCCACGACCUAGAACCUGAAGAAUACAGGAUUGCGGCCCUCGUCUUCUAUAGCUGCAUCUUCGUCAUCGGGCUGCUUGUCAAUGUCACCGCCCUGUGGGUGUUCAGCUGCACCACCAAGAAGAGGACUACGGUCACCGUGUACAUGAUGAACGUGGCAUUACUGGACUUAAUCUUUAUUAUGAGCUUACCCUUCCGCAUGGUCUACUAUGCAAAGAGGGAGUGGCCCUUUGGGAAGUACUUCUGCCAUGCCCUGGGGGCACUCACAAUGUUUUACCCCAGCAUUGCUCUCUGGCUGUUUGCUUUUAUUAGUGCCGACAGGUACAUGGCCAUCGUGCAGCCCAAAUAUGCCAAAGAGCUUAAAAACACCAGCAAGGCCCUGCUGGCCUGCGUGGGGCUCUGGGUCAUGACCCUGAUCACUACCGUGCCCUCGCUGGUGCUCAAUGAAGACCCAGACACCGCCUCCACUUGCCAGAAGAUUUCUGACAUCGUCUACUUAAAAUCCGUUAACUCGCUCAACUUCACUCGACUGACCAUUUUCUUCUUGAUCCCUCUGUUCAUCAUGACGGGGUGCUACCUGGUGAUCAUCCACAGCCUCUUCCACGGCCGGACGUCUAAGCUGAAGCCCAAAGUCAAGGAGAAGUCCAUCAAGAUCAUCAUCACGCUGCUGGUGCAGGUGCUGGUCUGCUUCACACCUUUCCACACCUGCUUCGCUAUCCUCAUGCUGGACGGAAACAACAACAGCUACAACCCGUGGGGCGCCUUCACCACCUUCCUCAUGAACCUCAGCACCUGCCUGGAUGUGAUCCUUUACUACAUCGUCUCAAAGCAGUUCCAGGCUCGCGUCAUCAGUGUCAUGCUCUACCGCAAUUACCUCCGCAGCGUGCGCAGGAAAAGCUUCCGCUCAGGUAGCUUAAGGUCGCUGAGCAACAUAAACAGUGAGAUGCUGUGA